AUGGAUAGCGUAACUUCUCGCUCUCUGCAAAUUUCCCUCUUUCGCUCCCAAAUCAAAGCUCGAAGUUUCGAUGAUGGAACUCUUCAAAUUCUGGAAUCACUUUUAGUUUCCAAAGACGUGAAAUCGUUGGUGGAAGUGAGAUCGGUGUUGACAGAGUUCAUGAGAGAUGAAUCGCUCCAAAUCUUUCGAGAAAUUUCAGAAAAAUCUGUUGAGUAUAAGCUUCUAUGUACUGAUUUUCUGAUUCGUGUUUUCGCGCUUAUUGGUGAUGUUCAGAGUUGCUUGUCCUUGAGAUAUGAAGCAUUGGUUAUGCGAGAACAGAAGGCCACCGCUGAUCCCAGGCUUCAAGUUUCAUGCACUGAAUGGCUCAUCUUUGCCGAGCAUUUGCUUGAUCACGGCUUUUACUCCAUUGCAAACAAGGCAUGUGAAAAGGUGCUGGUCUCCAUUAAGGUGAAUCAUGCAUCUGGCCCUGAAACAAACCACUAUUUACACAAUGUACAUCUCAUUGAGAAAAUCAAGAAACUCAAGGAUGUGUCUGCACUCUCAGCUUCUUCACGAUCUGUCCAGGCACAGGCAGUAGAAUACUUGAGGCAGAAAACAGUUGAACAAAGUUCAGAACACUCUAGCAUCUCUAAUGAAACCAAAUGUUCAGGGAGCUCUCGGUUCAGAAGUGGAAUCAGACAAAACAAUUUACGGAAACUACGAGAGCAUCAAUGUCGAAAACAGACAUACUGCAGAGAUUAA